AUGACCACUCAAUGGCUUCCCUUGGAAUCUAAUCCCGAUGUUUUCAACGAUGUAAGUGGUGGAGUAAAAUAGUUUUCUAAUUUUUUGAAAGUUGUGGUAAUUUUUCUUUUUUCAGUUCAUCCAAAAGAUCGGGAUCAGUGGCGCCAAGUGUGUUGACGUCUACGGCUUCGAUGACGAAUUGUUGGCCUUCAUUCCGAAGCCGCAUCUUGCCCUAAUCUUGUGCUAUCCCGACUACAAAAAAGUUAGUAUAACAUGGUGAUGAUUUAUAUGGUUGAAGGCAAAAAUGACUUUUAUUUUGAGCAAAGUUACUAGUUUUUGUGUGGAUUGAGUAUUGUGUGAUGAUUUACGGUCAAAAAAAAAUAUAUAUUUUUUUGAUUUUUCUCUUUCCAGGUCGAUGAAAUCAUGAAGCCGGUGUACGAUAAGCUCGCGGCGGAAGGCACCACCGUCCCCGAGAACGUCUUCUUCAUGAAACAGAAGAUCUCGAAUGCCUGCGGAACCUUCGCUCUCUUCCAUUCGAUUGCCCAAAACACUGACAAAUUGAACAUUGGCCAGGGAUCCUUCGCCAAAUGGUUCGCGGAGGCGAAAAAAGUGGGCGUAGAUGAACGAUCGGACUUGUUGGCCAAAUCCGAAGACAUUAGCCAAUCCCAUGAAGCAUCAGCCGCUUCCGGAGAGACUGACGCCAACCCAGACACGGUGGAACAUCACUUUAUCGCCUACUGUAACAUCAAUGGCACGCUCUAUGAAAUAGGUCAGUGAUUUUUAAACUUAAAAAUUUUUGGUGGGAAUGGGGAUUAUUGGAUGGUCAUAGGUGAUUUGAAGGUGGAUUAUCCUGUUUAUUGUUUGAAUUGGUCCAUUAUUUUUUUGGCACAGUGAGUUUUUUUUAUUUUGGACGGUCUUGCACAGUGCGGGUUUGAGGUCCAGAAUUUUGCGGUUUUGUUUAUUCAGAUCGAGUUUUUGGGUCAAUCCAAUAUUUUAAUUAGUCGUUUGACGAUUCAGUAAGUACAGACCUCAUCCAGUGGCAAAGAACGUACCAUUUUGCAUCCGGAAAGUAUCAAAUAAUGUGGCAAAAUGCCUCCUUUUCCAAGUGAAAAACUUCCUUUACUGCACAAAAAAAUCGGGCGCGCUUUUGAAAUCUGAGUUGUUUCACGUGGAGAGGGAAGCAUUUUGCCACAUUUUCGAUGCUUCCGGGAUGCAGAAUGGUACGUUUUUUGCCACUGAAUCAGGCCCCCACUGUAGACUACAAGCUAGAAAUUCGAUCUGAUCCAAAUAAAACGCUAAAAUUUUUUCGCUUGAAACCGCACUGUGCAAGAUCACCAAAAUUAAAAAAAUUUUGUGCCCAAAGUAAAUAAUUGGGAAAUUCAAACGCUAAAUAGUAAAACCACCUUCAAAAUCACCUUCAAACCACAAAACAAUUCAAUAAACGGUGCAUUAGACAUCAAAAUUUGAUUUCAGACUCCCGCCAACCCUUCCCCCGCGCCUGCGGCCCCACCACCCAAGACAACCUCCUAAAGGACGCUGGUACCGCCGCUAAAGAACUCAUGGACAAACUGGGAAAUGUCUCAUUCAGCGCUCUGGCCCUGGUUGGCGACUCCUAAACCGCUUGACAUCACCAUCAACGCAUUCUGCAUUACUCUUCAUUGGCUUUAUCGCUGCUAAUUUAUGACAAUAAAUAUUGACUUGUUUUUGCAUCAGUGCGUUGAUGUCUAUGGUCUGGAUGAAGAAAUGAUCGAAUUCGUCCCGAAACCUCAUCUAGCAUUAAUUUUAUGCUAUCCGGAGCCGGAUGAAGUGGGUUUGGAACGCUUUCGAAGUGUAGAUUUUUCAAAAAAAAAAAAAAAAAAAAUUUAUUUUUUUUGCAAUUUUUCGUAUAAAAUGUCGCCUUUUUUAGCUUCAGCUUGUAAUGCAGUCCGUCUAUGAUGAUCUCGCCCAGAAAGGCGCCAGUGUACCCGAAGAUGUCUUCUUCAUGAAGCAGAAGAUCCACAAUGCCUGCGGCACUUUCGCUCUUCUCCACGCAAUCGCUCAAAAUACCGACAAAUUGAGAGUUGGCCAAGGAUCCUUCGCCAAAUGGUUUGAAGACGCCAAAAAAGUGGGCGUAGAAGAGAGAUCGGCCCUUUUGGCGGCUUCAGAAGAGAUCAGUCGAGCGCAUGAAGCCUCAGCAAAGUCCGGAGAAACCGACGCCAAUCCAGAAAAAGUGGAACACCACUUUGUUUCCUACAGCAACAUCAAUGGCACACUCUAUGAAUUUGGUGAGAAAUUUUUGUUUAUUAUUUAUUUUUGUGGGUGAAUUUGCACUGUGCGCGGAUUUGGGAGGAGUGAUUUUACUGUGCUUCGAGUUAUGGGUUUAAUUUUGCAUUCACUGUGCGAGAUUUUGCAUUGCUAAUUUUUCCUCAAUUUUUUGGCAUGCCUUUUUUGUCAAUUCCUCUUUGGUUAUGGAUUUUUUUCUCUCUUUUAUUUUUUAUCAAUGGCAUCAUCGGUUUUUAGCGCUGCACUGUGCAGUGGAUUUCUUGUCCAUUUUGCACUGUGCGGAAAAUUUUUCUUUUUAAUUUUGCACUGUGCAGUGAAUUUCUUUUCGAGUUUUUCUCUGUAAUAGUGUGAGCCAAGUUUCUAUCUCUCUCAAAUACGUAUUUUACAAUACUUUUCUGUGGUUUUGAAUUCAUUUUUAUCACUUUUUCUAUUUUCUGCACUGUGCAAUCAUCAUUCUUUGAAUUUCCGCACCGUGCACAAAAAUUUUUUCUUUUUUCGCACUGUGCGGUAUAAAUAGAGCGAUUUUAAUGCGCUUCGAGUUAUGGGUUUAAUUUUGAAUGCACUGUGCGAGAUUUUGCAUCGCAAAUUUUCACUAAUUUUUUAAAUUUUUCAAAAACUGCACACUUGAUUCACCCGAAAAAAGUGUGAAAGAUCGUUGUAGACUCGUCUCAAAGCUUCCCGCGAGCUUGUGGCCCAACUUCGCAAGACACAUUGCUUCGCGACGCUGGUAUUGUGGUGCAGGAGAUGGUGGAAAAAUUCGGUAAUUGCUCGUUCAGCGCGUUGGCGCUGAUCGCAGAUUCGUGA